GCACGUCACAACUAAAACACAAAGAUAAUGAGGGAUCUUAUAUCUAUCUGGGUAAGAGGACUGCUGCAAGACCGAGGACAAAUGACACGUCAAGUGAUGAAAGUCACAAUAAUGAGUAAUCUGAUAUCUAUCUGGGUAGGAGGAGUGCUGCAACACCGAGGUCAAUUGAAACGUCACAACUAAAACACAAAUAUAUUGAGGGAUCUGACAGCUAUCUGGGUAGGAGUGCUGCAACAAAGAGGUCAAUUGUCACAUCAGAACUAAAACACAAUGAUAAUGAGGGUUAUGAUAUGUAUCGGACUAGGAGGAGUGCUGCAACAACGAGGUCAAUUGAAACGUCUCAACUACAACACAAAGAUAAUGAGGAAACUGAUAGCUAUCUGAGUAGGAUAAUUGCUGCAACAACGAGGUCAAAUGACACGUCACAACUAAAACACAAAGUUAAUGAGAGAUCUGAUAGCUAUCUGGGUAGGAGUGCUGCAACACCGAGGUCAAAUGACACCUCCCAACUAAAACACAAAGAUAAUGAGGAAACUGAUAACGAUCUGAGUAGGAGAAUUGCUGCAACACCGAGGUCAAAUGACACUUCACAACUAAAACACAAAGUAAAUGAGAAAUCUGAUAGCUAUCUUGGUAGGAAAAUUGCUGCAACACCGAGGUCAAUUGUCUCGUCACAACUAAAACACAAAGAUAAAAAGGGAUCUGAUAUGCAUCGGAGUAGGAUGGAUGCUGCAACACCGAGGUCAAUUGUCUCGUCACAACUAAAACACAAAGAUAAAGAGGGAUCUGAUAUGCAUCGGAGAAGGAGAAUUGCUGCAACACCGAGAUCAAAUGACACGCCAAGUGAUGGAAGUCACAAUAAUGAGGGAUCUAAUGUGCAUCGGAGAAGGACUAUUGCUACAACACCGAAGUCAGUUGACACGUCAAGUAAUGAAAGUCACAAUAAUGAGAGAGCUGAUAUGCAUCGGAGAAGGAGGAGUGCUGCAACACCGAGGUCAAUUGAAACGUCACAACUAAAACACAAAGAUAUUGAGGGAUCUGACAGCUAUCCGGGUAGGAGUGCUGCAACAACGAGGUCAAUUGUCACAUCAGGACUAAAACACAAAGAUAAUGAGGGUUGUGAUAUGCAUCGGACUAUGAGGAGUGCUGCAACAACGAGGUCAAUUGAAACGUCUCAACUACAACACAAAGAUAAUGAGGAUGUGACAGCUAUCUGGGUAGGAGUGCUGCAACAACGAGGUCAAUUGUCACAUCAGGACUAAAACACAAAGAUAUUGAGGGUUGUGAUAUGCAUCGUUGAGGAGGAGUGCAGCAACACCGAGGUCAAUUGUCACGUCAGGACUAAAACACAAAGAUAAUAAGGGGUCUGAUAGCUAUCUGGAUAGGAGUGCUGCUACACCGAGGUCAUUUGUCACGUCAGGACUAAAACACAGAGAUAAUGAGGGAUCUGACAGCUAUAUGCGUAGGAGAAUUGCUGCAACACCAAGGUCAAUUGAAAAAUUCAAGCUUUGGCCAAAGACUUUCGGCAAAAGAGCAUUUGUCUUAGAUGCUGGAGAGAUUCGGAAAACGUAGAGAUAUUCCCGUCCGAAGAGUUUAUGACGGUUUGACGGAAGAAACACUUACAUCAAUGAAGCAUGACGGGAAGGCAGUUCGGGUACGCCGCGGCGAUGCAGGUGGCCAUCACUGGAAGACACUGCAGAAUCCGUCUACAGUUGGUACACCUUGCCCGAAUUCACGUUCCGCAAGGUUGAGGUCCCGGAACUCUGAUAACAGAAGAUCACAAAGACGAAGGGCGUAUCAAGAACAAAUUGACGAGGAUUCGGACCUUCAGGCGUACACUUGCCUAUUUCCAGAUCGUUCGCUUCCUGUGCAAAGUCAUUCCUCACGAUCCCUCCAUCUUGAAUACUGUGACCCAAUGAAAGUCACUUGCAGAAAAUACACAAUCAAUAUGCUCCUGCUCUUGGUCCUCUCUUCAGGUUCAGCAAACUAUUCCUAGUGCUUCGGAUUUUCGGACAAGAACAGAUUAAUGACCAACGGCGCUGGUCAUAAAGAAAUUCAGCUCAUACGACCCGAGCCUUAAAGCAGGUGCCGAUGUGAGUAACGAUGAGGAUGACCUACAGUGGUUGACUUAUCAUGUUGGGCAUGAUC